UCAAUCCAGUUUCUUUUAUUCCUAUAUAUUACAAUUUAAAGAGGAAGAAGAAGAAGAAGAAGAAGAAAAGGAAGAAGAUCAAAUAUAUUUAACUGUGUUCGAAAGAGAGAAAUUUGGGGAGUCUAUGUUUGAGCCGGAAUCGGAAUAUUUCGGCGGUGCUGGUGCUGAUGAUCAAACCGCUAUGUUUGGGCCCGAAACCGAACGUACCGUCGACAGUGCUGCUCCGAUCACCAAAGAAAGAGAAGAAGAAGAAGAAGAAGAAGAUCAUCAAACUGUGUUUGGGCUGGAAUGGGAACGAAUGGACGACGAGUUGCUCGACGCAUUGCGGCGGGGGGACGAGAGAUUCGUCAGAAUAUUAUUCUCGCCCGCGACGUCAGAAGCUUCCGUAGCCGCAGGUCACGCCUUCGCCAUUGAUCUUCCUGACGCUAACAAUGUCACCGACCGUUCCUGGAUGAAGCGACAAAAAGCUUGGUGGUUGGUACCCAAGAAAAACUACUGCAGUGGAAACCAACACUUGCAAAGAAAGUUGACAAUUCAAGAAGCACUCCCCUUCACUAUUUAGCGACGACCUCAAACACUUAUACGGUGUGUCGAUUAU